AUGGAUGUUGUCUAUAGCGCUGUACGGGAGUCUCUGCGCUCUUGUUCAGACCCAUCAGUCGAAGGACCACGUGAGAACCAUAACAACAACACAUGGAACAAGCUUAGCAACUUUGUAGAUUUUUAAGCGGAGAAUGAUAUGCUAAGGGUAAGAGCAUAAUGUACUGUAAGUGGUGAAGAAGAAGUUAACCAUAGCUGCAGUAAAACAUCCAGGGUUAAGAACAUUGUGAAGGCUAUAGUUAGAAGACACCAGCAGAAUGGGCAAGAAGAAUAAAACUGUAAAAAGCCAUGGGGAAAAUUCAGUAAAGGAAGUCGGGAGUGAGAUACAAGAUGAAGGAAUGGAUGAGGAGGUGAUUGGUGCAGUAGAGGAAGGCAGACAUAAAAAGAAAAAGGUUGGAAAGAAUAAAUCAGUAAAGGAGUUGAAGGAGAAGAAGGUUAAGGACUCAGUUACUGGACCACUCAAGAGAAAGAUUGAAAAUGGAAAUGUGACUGAGGCUUCUGGAGACACUCAGCCCAAGAAAAAGAAAAGUAAAAAAGAUGGAAAAAAAUCCACACAAGACAGUAAAAAAGAAGAGAAGGUUGAAAAGACAAAAAAGAAAAAAAAGGCAAUAAUUAACCAAAACGAAGAGAAACGGAACUUGAAAAUCCCACCAAGUGGAAAGCCAGCGGUGAAGUUUGAUUUGCAUUUUGAAGAGAACGAUUUGAUGACCAAUUGCUCAGGUGUUUGGAUAUUGAGGGAAGAUGUUGAGAAGCUGCAGCAAUUUAAGGCUUCCUUGCAGGAUAAAAAUGAAGAAUCGAAAAGGAAAUUGAUUAUGUUUAAAAAGAGGAAAUUUGGAAGUAAAUUGAAGAAGAAGCUGAUUCAGGAAAUAAAGAAGAUGAAUGAGGAUCAAGUAUCUACCCCUACCCCCACCCCUACCCCCACCCCCACCCCCUCUCCCUCCAAGCAGGAACUCGUUCCACUCAUAUUUGAAGAGAACCACAUGAUGACCAUGUAUGAAGAUGUCUGGGUGCUGAAAACUGCUAUUCCAAAAUUAGAAGCAAUUGCUUUAAGAAAACUAAAGCAGAUUCAUGGAGCUCGAACUGGUGACAACAUGAAUGUAGAACUUACAGCGAAGGAACAAAGUGUUUAUGAUAGUUUCAUGAAGAAGCAGAAACGCUCUGAGAAUAAAAGGUUGAGGAUGCUAUUGAUCAAGAAUGGGAGAAGACAGGCCUGGGAGGAACUUCGAGCUUCACAGAGCACCAAUGGUAAAGUGCAGAAGCGUAAAAAAAAGCAACCGGGGAAGUACCUCAACAUUGACUAUGCUAAUGACCCAAACAUUACCAAAUAUAAUGGAUUUUAUGUCAAGAAAGAAGCCGUGAAAUUGUUGGAUGAUUUGAAAGACCAGCUAAUUUUAAAGGGGAUUCCUGAAAAGGAGUGGAAAAAACAACUGAAACUGGCCUCACGAAAGCAAGAGCGGCUGAUGAAGACGGCCUCACGACAGCAGGAGCGUCUGAUAAAGAAAGAGAGAGAAUCAACUGUUGCCUCUGACUUGACCAAGCCCACUGUUAACGAAGUUGGGGAAAAUGUCUACCAGAAAGAAGAGUCUUUGUCAGGUGUAGCUGUUGACGAUGGUGAAAAUACUGUGGAAACACCAAAGAAGAAAAAGGACAAGAAGCAGGCGAAAAAAGCUAGCAGAGUAGGUUAGCUGGUGCCGUCUUGGAGGAGAAUAUGAACCUACUGAGAAGAUAGAAAAUCUGAAAUAGAAAGGUAGAGAAAAGUUGAUGCAAGAGACUCAGUCUGAGUAUAGUCCCUGAGUAAAAGAAAAAGAUGGGUGAGAACGUAGAAGUGCAAGAACGAGAAAUAAAUGUGGAAAAGAACAGCAGGUUGAGAGCGUGCCACCACAGGGAAUUACUGUAUCAAAAAAUAAAUGACAUAGACGCAAAAA